UAAGACUGGUCGUAUCAAGUGAACCCAUACGCUUGGAGCAGUUGUAAUAUCAUUGGAGAAAUAUAAUUAAAUUAAUUUGGUACGAAUAACCUCCCCUCUUACUGUUAAAUAGGACACAUUUGUCAUCCUGUUCCAUUUCAGAAGGCAACACCCAAGGACGACGUUCCUUGCGAACAAGCUAUUGCUGUGUGUUGAGGGCGUUGAAGCUGGUCACGUGUCUCUGUAUCUCAAGAGGACGUACGGAAAACUCGACGUAUGGAGAUGAAAGUUUAAAUAAUAACCUCCAGUAUAGAUGUGAACGUGGCUACAAGAUUUCACUGUUGGCAGUUAAUACCAGGAACUGAACUUUAUCAUCUAUUGUUGACUGAACGUGAUUUGUUCGUACGUGAUUUGUUCGUAGCUGAAAUAAGGAAGAGGAUAUCAACUUCAUAAACAGUCACACCAUUUACACCCUUGGAACUACCAUGGCAAACAUUUCAAGAACAGAAAUUAGAUAUAACGACAGCAAUGACUUAAAUCCAAACAGUCAACAAUCCGGACAUGAAACUAUAGCAUGGAUGUCGACAGUUAUAGCCAUAUGUGGUGUGUUUGGGAACAUUCUCGGAGCGGUUGUUCUUCAUCGUAUGCAAAAGACAAACAGUGGUGUGCGUCUCUUGAAGUAUCUCUCACUCGUAGACGUGAUCCUUCUUGUUCUUGUCUUCUUGUCGCUCACAUCACAACUCUGUAAUAGUCAUGUUGCAAGGGCGGUAUGUGCAAUUUUCGACCCCUUUGCAUAUCUAUUUGCAAUGACUCUAUAUACAUUUGAAAUUUACCUCACAGUCCUCAUAGCGAUCCAACGAUGCAUAGCGAUCGCUUUACCUUUCAAGUCUGGGUCUUUCUUGCGUGUCAUCAACAAGGCGCUAGGGGCCAUAGCCGUGUUCACAGUUGCAUUCAAUGUUCCACUGUGGCUUGCAUUUUGGCCGAGGCCCUAUUGGAAUCCGGAUUUGAACAUGCAGUUGUUUAAUCAAGAUCAGCAUGGAGGAUUUCUUGGAAAGGAUGGUUUCAAAGUGUAUAUUGGUCCUAUUGUCUUGGUGUUUCGAUGCGUAAUUCCUUUGACAAUAUUGAUAACGUGUAAUAUAAUUUUGACCAUCUCCAGACGAAGACAAAACAGUGGAAAUGGCCAGACAUGGAACAAAGGGUUCACGGCGUUGGUGAUGGCUAUUACAACCAUGUCUGUGGUCACCCAUGUUGUCAGUGCAGUAGAUCUGCUCUUAUGGGAAAUAGACUCGGGUACAACAACUGCUGACUUCAUACAGAUUUCUGUACUUUUGAUUACCAUCAACUGUUCCACAAAUUUCAUAUUCUAUUGCUCAUUUGGGAAGAUUUUUCGACAGAAUUUCAAAUUGUUCUUCCGACCAAAUAAUUAAACACAGAAUUUCCACAUUUUGAAAUAAGCGGUUUUAAAUGUAUGUUGUAUAGAGAACAAUGAAGAGGCAAAUACAGACUUAGCCUCGUGCUGAUAACACGCCUUUUGUGCUGUUUAGUUGAUAAACAGCACGUUGUCAUCAAAACUCGAAGUUGGCGUCAUUCAUGUUUCAGGAAGUCACUUAUCAACUGUAUUUCCUCCAGAUGACUGACAGAUUUGCUUCCUCUUUAACAGAAAAUCAAGCUUAGGUUGUAUCUCUAUAAUGUUUUGGCCAGUGGAUAAAAUAACCAUAAUAUACAAUAAAACCAUGCAUUUUUAAAAAAUAAUGUACGGUGAAAAACAUGACAUAGUGGUAUGGUUAAAUAGUUGUUCAAACCAAGAAUCAAUUAUAAUGUGUAAGGUAAAAAUGCAUCCUCAAAACGUUAGAAAUUUAUAACAAAGUCGACCUUUGGUGUAAUAUUGAUGGUAAUAGUUUUAACACGAGGGAGACAGAAAGUCCCCGAUUUGGCGCAAACAAGUAGGGGUGAGUGAGUGAGUUGGGUUUAACGCUGCUUUUAACAGUAUUCCAGUUAUAUCGCGGCGUGUCAGCUUAAUGUGGGAGGUAACCCGAAGUGAUGCAGGUCUCAGACGUGUACCACUUUGGUGAAACCCACGAGCACGGGUAUGGUGCUGACAAACCUAGAAACAUAAUCGGGAUUCGAUUAGACGACUUGGCCACCCAUGCCCCCCAAACAAGGAGGAAAUCAUUAUGGCGAUGACAUUUGCAGUAUAUUUUCGGGAUGGUGUCGUUGUUGUCACCAUUUAAGACAGAUCUUUAAUUGGUUAGUAGAAUCUGGUAGUUUUCCGAUCACGACACAAAUAGGAGCUCCUUGUGUGAUAUUGUUGUUAACCAAUUAAAAUCAUCUAUGAGGUCAUGUGGCAAAGACGUGUCAGGCUGGAACACUUUGAAGUUAUACCGUCGACAUUAGAAGAGGAGAGCGUGGUUUUACAGUCGAUGGAGUCGAACCCGAUCGUUCUAAGUUUUCCCCUCUGAGGCGGGCCUGGCCGGUCUGAUCCUGUUGUGUAUUGAUAGAUGUUCUUAAGGUAGUAAAGUUA